AUGAAUGAAGAUGAGAAUGAACGAUUUCUUGUGAUUGGUAUGUGGCGUUCGAUAUACAACAAUGUACAUAUGUUAUUCAGCAUUGACGAAAAUGCAAAUGAACUUGAACUCAUACGAUCAUCGACUCAAUUGAUAUUGACGCUCGUUUUUAUUUUAUGUUGUAAUAAUGGCAUCAUUAUUAGCUCGUGGUUUAUCCCAAUUAAAAAGCAAAGAAAUGCGCGAUUAUUUAACGAGCAUUUCUGGGGACCUGUUGCUAAUUGGGGUUUACCGUUAGCUGCUUUAGCAGAUUUGAAAAAAGAUCCUGAAAUUAUUAGUCCAAAAAUGACCGUUGCGUUAUGCUUCUAUUCAAUGCUAUUCAUGCGAUUUGCUCUUCAAGUGAAGCCAAAAAAUCGACUUUUGUUUGCCUGUCAUUUUGCCAAUGAAUGUGCACAACUAAUGCAAUUAGCGAGAUUUCUUAACCACAAGUACGGUACACCCAAACCAAUGAAACAAUAUCAAGUUCCAUCGGAUCUCGUUCAGUCAAAAUAA